GCCUAUAUUUUGGCCUCCUAGAACCUGAUGAAGGAGAUCGGACAAAAUCUCAACAAACUGGUGAGAGAGCUGAAGACCAUGCAGUCUCCAGAGGCAAUGGUUUAUCUGAGACUUUUGGGAAAUGAGCUGGGAUAUCUGAAGACCAGUGAAAUGGAGGAGAUAGCCUACUCUGCUGCUACGAUGAUCAACAACAUGUUAAAGAUGUUCCCAACUGAUUUAAUUAGAGCACUAAUGGUGAACUCUGACAAUACAAUUUUUGCCCACUACGUCUUCAUGGACAAUGAGUUCUUCCUGCCUACUGUCACCGGUGUGCCUCUGAGGAUUGCACUCUCUGGUACUUUUACACCCGGUAUCAAGGGUGGACUGAGGAUUGCUCGUGACAUGAGUGAAGUGACCUUCAUGCCCUCUGCUGGUAUUGAGUUUGCAACUCAGAUUGGCUCUCACAUCCCUGAAUAUGUCAACUCUGGAUUAGAAAUGCACACCAACAUUUUCCAUGAAAGUGGCCUCCAUGCCAAGAUCACCUUUGGUCAUGAUAAUAUUAAGUUGACCAUCCCUGCUCCAACAAGUCCAACAAAGCUCAUCAAAAUGACAAACAACCUUGUGGCUGUGACGGGAUCGGAGGUGAAGACCAUCCCUCCUAUGGUGAGGGACAAGGUUGAUGUUAGUGAGUGUAGUCCUGCCUUUGUGGGAAUGAAAUACUGCACUGCUCUGCAAUACAUUGACGCUUCCUCUCAGGAGACAGUGCCCUACUUCCCCCUCACUGGAGACAGCAAAUAUGUUGUGGAGCUGCACCCAACUGGUGAAGUUUCAGAGUACACAGCCACUAUUGCCUAUGAACUCCUCAGCGAGGGAGACAAUGGCCGGCAGAAAGUUGAUUCCUUGAAGGUUAUUCUAAAAGCUGACGGUGCAGAGCCAACUGAAGCCAGAGCAGUCAUGAAAUAUAACAGAAGGAGGCAUGUCGUCAGUGCCGACAUCCAGGUCCCUGACCACGAUGUGGAGGCUGGAGUUAGGCUGGGUGUUGUGGAUGGAAACACAAAGGGCAGAGGAACUCACACCAUCUUUCUCGAAUUUUUAAACAACAAUGUUCCUCAGCUCUCCCUGGUUGGUCGUGCCAAUCUGAAGGCCAUGAAGGAAGGUAUGCUCCAAGUCCAACUUCUGGUCCCAUCAAUCAGUGCUGAUGCCACUGUCACAGCUACAAUGAAACGUGAUGAAGAAGUAGAACUGGAGCUUAAGAGUGAAAUCAAGGUCAUGGAUGCCAACUCUCAACAGAAAAUCAAUAUCAAAUAUGACACCACAAAAAUUGAGGUUGAGGUCAAGUCGGAUGUGAAUGCCAAGACCAUCAUGUUGCCCAAGGGUGACUUGAUUAAAAAUUAUGGCAAUGAUCUCCUUGACAUGCAAGUGGGACAAACUGACAUGAAAGUUCGUCAUAUCUUCAAGAAGUUUGUGGAGGCAGCAAACAAUUACAUGGAAAAGUAUGGUGCUGAUUUCCCUUACAUUCGGAACUUCAGAUUGCCUGACAUGCCAGAGAUUUCCCUACCAGAGACACUAUUCCUGAAUACUGAGGCAACGGCCAUCUAUUACAUAAACAAUAAUCGCUUCACAAUUGCUAUCCCUGUGCCACUUGGAGGAAAGUCAACAGAAGAGCUUAACUUCCCACCAGCUUUGACCACACCAGGCCUGUCUCUACAGCAGUAUGGACUGGAAAUCCCCUCUAUGGAGAUUCCCAUCCCAGAGUUUGUUGUUCCUGAGAGCAUCACGCUAUCUAUUCCCUUGUUUGGUAGAGCUGAGGUUUCAACAGUGAUGAAAAGCAACUUAUAUGACACAGAGGCCUCUGUGGCUUUCGGCCUAGACCAAGAAGAAUCACAAAGCUACUCAGCCAAGUUUGUCAUCAAAGGAACCUCCCCAAUCGACAUUCUUUCAAUAAAGCUUGAAGGCUCAGGAAAAGUGGCCACUACCGAUUCCAUCAAAGCCCAAUUUGAAAGUUCUUUGGCCCACAAAUUCAUUGAAGCCAGUAUUAGCAUUGUUGAAGAUGCAAUCAUCUCUGAUGCAAUUAAUUUGAAAACAAACACCAAGAUAGAAGCCAGAAGUCCACUUGGUCUCAGUGUUGAGACAGAGCACACUGGUAUGGCUGGAAUAAACCAUGAGGAAAUGUCUGCUGACAACAAAUUUGAGGUGGCAUUUGAAGCUGGACCCAUUUAUGGCAGGACUCUCUCAAUCCAGUCCUUCACCAUCUUCCCAUUCAGGCCAGAAGUAAAGUUUGAUUCUAAUUUUCAGGUAGAUUCCACACUUGUUAAGGCCCAGAAUGUAAUUACAGGAACCUAUAUCAAUGGGGAAGUCUCAGUUGUGUCUAACACCAGUGCCUUUGAUGUCAUCACUCACAAUGCUGAGUUUUCCGUCAGAGACAGCAGAGUAAAACUGAUAUGUGCUGCAAAUGCCCUUGCUCUUGGCAUGAAGAUGCAAAAUCAGAUGGAAGCCUCUGCUGGUGCUGGUGAAGUCAUCUUGAGGAUGGAAACAAACACAGACCACUCUGAAAAUCAUGUUUACUCUUUGCUGACCGCCUCUCUUGAUGUCAAUGGUCUGGCUAUAAAUAGUGAUGCCAAUGUGAAGCUUCUUGAAAAUGAGGCUACUCAUAAGGUCAUUCUGAGAAUGAAUAAAGAUGGUUUCACCUCAAAAGGAACAACUACUCUCCAUAGCCCGCUGUCCAUGGAAAACACCUUUGAUGCCGAGGUUGAUGCUACGAGAGCUACUCUAUCUAUUACCAACAGGGCUGCGAUGUAUGAAAUCAAGGUUGACAACACCAACAAUUUGACCAUAACUCUCUCCGGCCUUAACUUCAACUCAAAGGCUGAAGCCUCUGCAAGGGAUUAUGCCUCUUACACUCAUGAUAUCACCUUCGACCUGAACCCCACAGUGUUUCUUCAAAUGUUAACAACAAUCUAAAUCUCCUGAGUGCUAACUUUAUUAAUCAGGCACAGCUGCAGGCAGGGUUUGACAAGAUGGAUCUGAGUGGAGUUUUGAAAGCCAUCAAUGGUGAAGAAGAGCUCAAGCACACCUAUCAGAUCAGUUAUGUUGAUAUGAGUGCUAAUGCAAAAUGCAGCACCACUGGAAAAUUCCUUGGAACUCACAUGAGCCACAACACUGAAGUUGAAGUUAUCGGCCUUGCUGCCAUGAUUACCAAUGAUGUCCGCUUUAACUCAGAGCCAGUGCGCUUUAGCCACACUGUACGUUGCAAUAUUGUUCCUUUCGAUUUCAACUUGGAUGCCAUAUUGAAUGCUGAAGGAGAUAUGGCCAUUUAUAGAAGAGAGAGUGCCCAGAUCUACAAUAAGUUUCUCUUUAGAGCUCAGCCCAUGGCUCUUGCCAGCUCAAAUGAAGGCAGGGCAUCCGUAACCCAUCAACUGAAUAAUGGGUUUUCCCUUGAGACCACAUUUGACAACAAGAUGAUUACUUCUUUGUCACUCCAAGAGCAAAAGACUAGUUUUAAAUUCAAGUCUAAAAUAAAUGAGCACACCUUUGAUCAGAGCAUAGAAGUUUAUAACACUGCUGAGAAAACUGGAAUUGAGGUUUCUAGUACAAUCGUUACAAACAUUAUUAACGCAGCUUCCACAGACAACCAGGAGUUCACUGUCUCUGGCUUCCUCAAAUAUGACAAGAACACAGAUAGUCACAUAAUUCAGAUUCCAAAUCUGCUUGCCCUCCUGGACCACCACAAGGGAUUUUUUGUGAAUGUUGCAGAUGCACUGCACCACUCGAUCAACAAUGAGACUAUAAGGGCUAAAGUUAAGGCUCUUCCGCAACAUAUAAGUGACCUACUUACUGAAUUGAAUAUAGAAGGCAAGAUAAUUCAACUGAAGGAGUUUUUCAGUCAUUUAAUUCAGAAAUAUACUAUCUCCAUGAAUGAUGUGGAAACAUUUUUGAGGAACCUAAAUGUUACUAUUGAGAAACUACUAGCUAAUCUCUCUGUUUACAUCCAGAAUUUUGUUGAUGUGAUGAAUGAAACUAUUUUUAGUGGCAAUUUCCCUGAAACCACUAUUCAAGCGAUCCAGGAAUGGCUGAAUAACCUUAAUGAGGAAUAUGAUAUCGAGUCCAGUAUUGUAUAUGCAAUUGAAACCAUAAGAGAAAUCAUCCAAGAGUUUGAGGGCAGCAGCUUUGCAUUCCUACAUGAUAUUGCUGGCAAGGAUGAAAUCAAAGCCAAACUACAGUCAAUCCUCAGAGGUAUAAAGAAACAUUGGAGAUUUCUGUUGCUGAGCUAAAGAGCUUCACGUCAUCCUUAAAAGCUCAUAUCGAGUUAUUAACGAGCUACAUUCCCACGAACAUUGUCAGCCACAUAACAGAUUUUAUUCAGAAAAUUAUUCAGGACUUUGAUAUUGUAAAUAAGAUUAACACAAUAACUUCCAAAUUAAGUGAACUGAUUGCAAAGCUUGAGGCUGACAAAAA